GAAGCGCUCAUAUAAUGUUACCACGUCAAAAGGUCAAGUCCAAUAGCGGUACGGGGCUGUUGAACACUAUAAUAAAUAGUUUACCAGUUGAAUUACAUCUGCCGGGUUAUCAGUACUGCGGACCGGGAACUAACUUAGAGAAAAGACUUGCUCUCGGACAGACCGGAAUAAACGGUCUAGAUUCGGCGUGCAGAGACCACGAUAUUGCGUACGAUAAAAGUAAUUCUUUAACUGUACGCAGUGCGGCCGAUAGUAUAUUGGAAGAACGUGCUUGGAACAGAGUGCACGCGAAAGACGCUGACUACAAAGAAAAGGCCGCCGCGUGGCUUGUAACUACUGGUAUGAAGGCUAAACGUAAAAUCGGUAGCGGAUGCGGGUUCGGUAAUAUUGUUGGCGUAUGUAAGAAAGCGUUAAAAAAAUCGAUCGAAACAAGUCCGGUGACACAGAAUAUGGGUAAAUUAAUUAAAUCGAUGGUAUGCGUGGCGCGAAAACACGUGAAAGUAAGCAGGGGCGCUCGAUCGAAAAAAAAAAAUAAAAAUAAACUGCCUCGUGUGAUCAAAGUCCCUAAAACUGGUGGUUCAUUAGCGCUAAUCCCUAUAUUAGCGGGACUUUCGGCUUUGGGUACGCUGGCCGGCGGGGUGUCUAACAUAGUUAAGACGAUACGCAGUAUUAGAUCGAACAGCGGAUCGCCUAUACAAUUAGGUAAAGGCGUGUAUCUAAAUCCGCAUAAAAGCGGGGGCUCGUAUACUAUUAUUCGGAAAUCUGGUGCUAAACGCACUGGUAGUGGAAUGAAAAAGACUGUGACAAGAAGGAAAAAAAAAUAUCAUUGA